UGCUUUAGCUGCUUCUUCCUCUUUUUCUCUAGAAAGUUAUAAUAAUUAUAUAGAGCCCAAAGUUAUCUUAAGAUCCAAUCCAAAAAGCAUCACCAAAUUUGCGUAAAAACCACUUAAUUCCCCCACCUUGCUUCUUCUCAGCAACUCUAGCACUUGGACCUUAAAUUCCAACUAUGACAUCACUCUAGACAUCUUGAUAUUAUAUAUUAGCCUUAAUAUUUCAUUCCAAACAAUGGUCACUAAAGUUAUAACCUUGUAAUUUAGAGUCAAAUUAUUCUAUUUUUUUUCACUUUCGUCGAAUAUGAUCUACUACUCUUAUUUCUUACUCGACCGUUAAGCUUUUUGAAAACCUUAGGCUGCACAUAGUAAAUGGGGCGCCACUCUGUUAAAGAGAAGCUAAGGAAAGGAUUGUGGUCACCAGAAGAAGAUGAAAAAUUGUACAAUUAUAUCACUAGAUUUGGUGUUGGCUGCUGGAGUUCAGUCCCUAAAUUAGCUGGUCUACAAAGAUGCGGAAAGAGUUGCAGAUUGAGAUGGAUAAAUUACCUAAGGCCUGAUCUUAAAAGAGGAAUGUUUUCACAAGAAGAAGAGGAAAUGAUCAUUACUCUCCAUGAAAAUCUUGGAAACAGAUGGGCACAAAUUGCAACAAAAUUACCAGGGAGAACAGAUAAUGAGAUAAAGAAUUACUGGAAUUCAUAUUUGAAGAAGAAGCUAAUAAAGCAAGGGAUUGAUCCAAAUACCCACAAGCCACUAAGUGAAAACCAAGUAAGAAAUGAGACAAAUUGUACAGAAAAUGUGAAUCCAAUUGGGCCUUAUGGAUCCAAUGUGAGUAAACAAAUCUUUGAUCCUCUUUUUCUGUAUGAAUUCCAAGCAAAUGUGAAUCCAAUUGUGCCUUAUGAUCAUCAGAACCAAAUUGAGGGGAAUACAAAUUUUGGGUUUUGCUCAAUGCCAAGUGUAACAAAUUUUGAACAUGGGCUCAUGACAGAAAGUGAUUUUUCUGACAGCUCAACUUCAAGAAUGAGUACAAGCAACAGUUCAAAUAUGAUUAGCCAUAAUAGUUCUGCUGGAAUUCAGAUGAAUGAAAUGUUGGAGGGUGCACAAGAAUUGAAAUGGGAUGCUGAGAACAAAAUAGAUUCUUUGUUUCAGUAUCCUUAUGAUGGGAUCAAGAAUGAAGAAGAUUUCAGUAAUAAUAAUCCAUUGAGUUCCUUAUCUCAAGACUUAAGUGGGGAAAAUCUUGAUGUGUUUCACCAUAUCUAAAAGUGUAAAUUCGAUCUUCUCUUUUUAUUUUCGAGUUUACCUUUUCCUAUAUACAUACAAAUAUACGAAACUGUACUCAAGGAGACUUUGAGGUGAGAAUCUUCUCUUCUUCCUCUGUUUUCUUCCUUCUUUGUAAAGUUAUGGCCAAAAUUGCAGUUCUUUACUAUUGCAGUGUC